CUCGACACCCGGCGCUCGCCACAGCUGCUCUCCAAACUGCUAUUUAAAAAAGGAAAAAGGAUGAAACUUCCACUGCUGACUCGUCAAACCCCCCAAGCACCAAACAUCCAGGAGCCGCUGUAGCUGUUGCCAACCCGGCAUAAAUGCCUACAGCACCCGGGCAGGACCGGACAGAAUCGCCCGCGGAUUAUUCCCGUCGCUCCAAGGAAGGGAUUUAUGGUGGUUCCGCACAACGGUUUAUCCGAUGCAUGAGACGACGGCUCGCGCUCUCGGGCAGCGACGCGGUCACGCAGAUUAACGGAUCAGGAUUUUGACUGCCGGGACAAAUGAAUACAAAUGAAUUUAGCGACCCGAAGGAGAGUCCGCAGAACCUCUCGUCUGGUGGCAAAGAGAGCUCUUCUUCUGUGUAUUCUACUUUACUGUACUUCUUUUGGAGACACCCAAGUACUCUUUGAAGAUGUGGACGUGUUGCAGCGGUUGGCUCUGCGUGCUGAGCUCGGUUCUCGCAGCGUUCCCGUUGGUGUCAUCUCCCUCCACUCUGGAGUCAUCCUCACGACACGGGCACGAGUUACCACGGCGACACGUUCCGUGUUCCCACCAGAACUCUUCUGGAACUGCACUCUCGUCCUGAGCGUCCGAUCUCACCGCUUAAACUCAGCAUUUCUCUUCUCCAUCCUAUCUGGGAAUCGGAUUCAGCUCGGGCUGGAAAUUUCUCCCGGUAAGCUAACGCUUCAUGCCGGCCCUGGGAAUGCCGCGGUCUUCGCGUACAACCUUCACGAUGGACGCUGGCAUCAUCUAGCGUUCGUUUUAAAUGGCCAGUCAGUGACCCUACACUCUCCCUGCUCGGAGAGCGAUGGCGGAGUUACACAGAAACUCCCCGUACUUCCUGAACAUCUAAACCCUCGUGGAACCUUCCGCUUGGGCGGCACCAGCGCUUUGCUUCCGGGUGUGGUACCCUUUGAAGGAGCGGUUUGCCAGUUUGACAUGGUGCCCUCGGCACAAGCGCAGCAGAACUAUUGCAGCGCCAUCCGCAGGCAGUGCAGAGAAAAUGACACCUACAGGCCAGCGCCUCCCGCUCUACUUCCUCUCCCGUCCAGACACGCCCCACCACUAUUGACCCACACGUUACCACCAAAUCGCACUUUCACUUUCACUCCCACUAAUUUCCUUUGGACAUCCAUAAAUGGUGCAAGAGGGUCUUCUGCUGUGAGAAUGAGCGAUGGUUUACGACCAAAACCCACGUCUACCACACCUCCACCCCUUUCUUUGAUGCAAACAGGACUUGAAACUCCUUUGUCAUGGGGACAUCUCAAUUCUGUCACCACCAAACCUACUCUCAGGACACCCAAAAACCCCAAGCCUACUGCUUCAAAACAUGGAGCAGUCUGGCUUACACCUACUAAACCAGCCAGAUCCAAACCCACUCCAGGAAAAACGUCUCCAAAGCUUAGUGCAACAAAGCCUUCCGGACCAAAGCCCACAAUUUCUCGACCUACUUCUGACAGUUCAAAAACAACUGGACCCAAACCUACGCCGCCGAAACCUUCCAAACCGGCUGCUGUAAAACCCACGGUAAAGAAACCAACUCUUAUGCCAAAGCCCACCAAUAUCAACCCAACAAAGAAUACUUCUACUGGUGCUCAACCUUUGAAUCAUAACAAGAAGCACAACGCCAUUCUGAAACCGUUGUCCGAUCCAGAACCGACCGCCCCAAAAAGGCUCUCACCAACCAACAAAAAGCCUCUCCAGCCCAAAACCAGCAGCCAACGCUCAGCCCAAACCACACUCCCAACCCCAAAAUCCACCGUCGCCCCAAACCCUACACCCAAAAAAAGCCUUCCGACACCCAAAUCCGCUCCGUUCACUACCGCUGCACCAAACAAACCACCAAAAACUCUGGAAACCCCCAAAGUCAAUCCUGACAAGCUGAAAACACCUGUGCAUUACGUCACACAGAGCACUCCAAGGUUUUCCGUCCAAUCUGUGACUCUUCUGGCUUUCAACGAUUUCCAGAGCUUCGAGGUGGAGCCCACGUAUUUUUCGCUUCUGGUUGGACCGCCGGGACAAAAAGGAGAUCCCGGGAAAAUGGGAAUCCCGGGACCUCCAGGGAAACCAGGGCAGCCAGGGACGAGGGGACCUCGGGGACCCCCAGGACCACAUGGCAAGCCAGGUCGACCCGGUCCACCAGGGUUGAAGGGGAAGAAAGGAGACCCUGGACUGUCUCCUGGAAAGGCACCAAAAGGAGAAAAAGGAGACGUUGGUCUGUCUGGUCCUGUUGGUUUAGUCGGACCGGAAGGCCGGAAGGGACAAAAAGGCCAUCCAGGAUCACCAGGCCUUCCUGGGGAACCUGGCCAACCAGGUCCUGAUGGAGAAGCUGGAGCCAAAGGCUAUCCUGGCAGGCAGGGCUUACCUGGUCCAAUAGGGCCUGUUGGGCCAAAAGGGGCUCGGGGUUUUAUUGGAAUCCCUGGACUCUUUGGUUUACCUGGAGCUGAUGGUGAAAGAGGUAGUCCUGGUCCACCGGGGAAGAGGGGCAAGAUGGGUAGGCCGGGUUUUCCUGGUGAUUUUGGAGAGAGAGGUCCACCAGGACUGGACGGGGAGCCUGGUGUUAUAGGAGCUCCUGGUCCUCCUGGUGUACCUGGAUUGAUUGGUGAUAUGGGCCCUGUCGGCAUAAUGGGUUUGCCAGGACCAGAUGGACUGAAAGGCGUCCCAGGGAACAUGGGCGAGCCCGGACUGAAAGGUGAUAAGGGUGAUGUCGGGUUUCCCGGAGAGCAAGGGGAAACUGGGUUCCCAGGAGACAAGGGUGUGCAGGGUUUGCCAGGCUUACCAGGACCUCGUGGAAAACCAGGACCCCAGGGCAAGACAGGAGAACGAGGGCCCAGUGGAUUAGCAGGCCCUCCAGGACCCGAGGGUUUUCCUGGCGACAUCGGAAAACCUGGACUCAAUGGACCCGAGGGCCCAAAGGGUAAGCUUGGAGACAGAGGUCUACCUGGACCUCGUGGAGCGGCUGGACGAGAGGGUGAUGAGGGUCCUGUCGGACCACCUGGGCCAAUAGGACUCGAGGGUCUGAUGGGCAGUCAGGGUUUCCCUGGGGCUGCUGGACCUGAAGGGGACAAAGGCGAGCAGGGUGUCACAGGAAAGGCUGGACCCAUGGGUGAGAGGGGUCUUGUUGGCUUCAUCGGUCCUGCAGGGGAGACUGGACUCGCUGGAGAGAAGGGUGAUCGUGGAGAGGUGGGAUUGCCCGGACCUCCAGGAGAGAAAGGAUCUACGGGGCACCCAGGAACCCCUGGAGAGAGCGGCCCACCAGGACCACCAGGCAGUCCAGGCCAACCGGGAUCACGUGGACCUAUCGGCAUGAGAGGACCUAAAGGAAGACGGGGUCCUAGAGGUCCGGACGGUAUGCCAGGCGAACUCGGCUCGGAGGGCAAAAAGGGUCUUGAUGGUCCUCCAGGAAAGAUUGGUCUCUCGGGACAAGCGGGCAAGAUCGGGGAGCCUGGGGAGGCGGGGCCAAAGGGAUUCCCGGGCAUUCCAGGGCCAUCCGGGGCUACAGGAGACAAAGGAAUCGCAGGGGAGCCAGGACUUCCAGGGCCCCCAGGAACACUUGGGCCUACCGGAAAUCCAGGGCCAAAGGGCCCUGCGGGAAAAGUUGGCGAUCCUGGACUUCCAGGAGAACCUGGAGAAAAGGGGUCACUUGGGCCUGCGGGGAACGCUGGGGCAACAGGACUGCUCGGAACAAGGGGAGAUCCAGGUUUAGAGGGAGAGGCUGGUCCGGCUGGCCCUGAUGGUGCCAAGGGUGAAAAAGGCGACAUGGGUGGAGAGGGCGAGCAGGGUGUCAGAGGUGACCCGGGAAUCAAGGGGAAAGAAGGGGCUCCAGGCGACCCUGGGCUUACUGGCGUCAGAGGUCCUGAAGGAAAACCUGGCAAAAUUGGCGAGAGAGGGAAGCCAGGGUUUAAGGGUGCCAAAGGUAACAUCGGCCACCUGGGAGAGACAGGAAUCAUGGGAAAGAUCGGACCAGUCGGAACCACUGGACCAAAGGGCUCUCGAGGAACCAUCGGACAUGUGGGCGCUCCCGGGCGUAUGGGGAUGCAAGGGGAUCCGGGCAUAUCAGGAUAUGAAGGUCACAAGGGACCGCAAGGUCCAAUAGGACCCCCGGGACCAAAGGGUGCAAAGGGUGAACAGGGGGAUGAUGGGAAGGUGGAGGGUCCUACUGGUCCUCCAGGACUCCAAGGUCCAGUUGGAAAGCGAGGAGACAGGGGUGAACCCGGAGAUCCAGGAUACACGGGUCAGCAAGCUGUUGAUGGUUUUCGAGGCAAACCUGGUGCUCCUGGUCUACCUGGUGAUCCUGGUCCUCGUGGGAUACAAGGCCCUAAAGGAUCCAAAGGAGAACGGGGUCAGAAGGGUAAACAGGGUCAGCAGGGAGAGCGCGGCAGCCGAGGCUCACCGGGUGUUGUUGGGUUACCCGGCCCGAGGGGCACCGUGGGUCGAGAAGGACAGGAGGGCGUUCCUGGCAUGGAUGGGAUCCCAGGGAAAGAUGGAAGCAGAGGAAUACCAGGUGAUCAGGGAGAUGAUGGAGAGUUUGGUUUGCCUGGUAAACCUGGGGCACCUGGAAAAGUUGGCGUUAUCGGUUUACCAGGCCCACAGGGAUCAUUUGGUCCAAAGGGUGAGAGGGGCCUUCCUGGGCACACUGGCCCUUCAGGAAAGAGAGGUUUUAAGGGAGGAAUGGGUCUUCCUGGAUCUCAGGGAGACCGGGGUCCUAAAGGUCAACCUGGUGACAUCGGUGAACCCGGCUUUCCAGGGAUGCUGGGAAUGUUUGGACCGAAGGGGCCUCCAGGAGACUUUGGACUAAAGGGCAUUCAGGGGCCAAAAGGGCCGCAGGGCAGCAUGGGUAGAGGGGGUUUAGCUGGACCUGUCGGUGUGUUUGGCCCUAUCGGUAGUCCAGGCCCGAGAGGAGACCCUGGCAGCAAAGGAGAGAUGGGUGUUCAGGGACCUCGAGGUUCUCCUGGACCCCGUGGACCUCCGGGUCCGCCGGGAAUCCCACUGGCUUUGAAACAGGAUUUUGGUCUUGGAUCGGCCCAGCCAGUUUUUAUGGAGACACACACACAGAAUAUAGAGGCUCGGGGGCUGAUGGACAUGCCCAUGCUGGAUCAGGCUCCAGAGAUCCUGCGGACUCUCCAUUACCUGAGCUCUUUGGUCCACAACCUGAAGAACCCGCUGGGCACACAAGAUCAUCCCGCUCGAUUCUGCAAAGACCUGCACGGCUGCCGGGACACGCUCUACGAUGGCACUUAUUGGAUCGACCCGAACCUGGGCUGCUCCUCAGAUUCUAUAGAAGUGACGUGCAAUUUCACCGGCGGCGGACGCACCUGCCUCAGGCCCAUCACCACAGCCAAGCUGGAGUUCAGUGUCGGACGCGUUCAGAUGAACUUCCUCCAGAUGCUGAGCGCCGGAGCGGAGCAACGAAUCACUAUCCACUGCUUGAACGUGACAAUCUGGAGCCACGCCCCCUCUGAGUCUCCAUCCCAGAAUGCAGUUCGGUUCCAGGCGUGGAGCGGAGAGACGCUGGAGCCGGAUGUGUUAGGAGACGACUGCUGGCAACUAAACGGGCGCUGGCAACAUGCUGACUUCCUGUUCCGGGUGUCUGACCCCACCUUACUUCCUGUCGUACGUAUAAACAACCUACCAAAGACAACGGCCUCAUCGCGCUUUCACAUCGAAGUCGGACCUGUGUGCUUCCUUUAGUGUGUGUGUGUGUGUGUGUGUGUGUGUGAGAUUGUGAGUGUGUGUGCACUCAUCAAACCCCCCACAGCCUGCCCCCUUCAGCAUUCAGCCACUGAUUGGACUGCAGAAACAGAAAGAAGUGGUGUGGGCGGGGCUUUGGGGGAGUUAGCACUAGAGAUGUCUACAGUCUAAAGGAAAUCCCGCCUUUACCUGCCACGGAUGUCCAAUCAGAUUUGACUCCUCUAGAAAACAAGCCAAUCAUCUCGCAGGGAGGAACACUCAGGACAUCCGGGCUGUAGAAACUGUCAAGCUCUCUAUCUCUUGUCUUUCUCUCUUCUCUUUCUGUCAGCCUGUUUCUUUGGUGCUUGAUUUCUUUCAAAUUAAUAAUAAUAAUAAUAAUAAGUUAUUAUAAUACUCAUACUGUUACAAUAAGUAUCAACAGUUUAUUGAAGAGAAUUAAGAUCAUUGGGAGGUAUAAUAUGAACAUAUACACUUAUUGUUUAACUGAUAUUUUUUAUUGUAAUUUUGUCACAAGAAAAAGAAAGAAAUGCUAAUGUGCAAUAGGAAAACAAAGAAAAAAAAGAUUAUUGAUUAUACUAUUUAGUGUGUCUCAUUAAGGAAGGUUAUUCAGGGGUGUUGUCAUUCAAACGUGUUAUUCUAACACUCCGUCAGACAGGGAAGUGUGUGUGUGUGUGUGUGUUUGUGUAAAUGAGCUUUGAAAGUGACUGUGAAUGUGUGUGUGUGUGUGUGUGUUUAUGGGACAGAUCAGUGAACUGGUGAAGGUGCAUAUACACCUGUGAAUAUCAACAUACAUGACCCCUGUUUAUAAAACAGCCUGUCACUUUAAGGGGGCGUGUCUCAAUCAAAUGGGUGUGUCUUGUUCAAAGGGUUAAUAAGGGUGAAUCCCUCAUGAGAACAGGUCUGGGUCAUAUUUCACCCAAAAUGAGAAGGAAAGCACAUUUUGAAGAUCUGCAUAGUGACAUUUUUAUGACAAGCACAUUUUUACCCCCUGCAAAAAAAUUAAUUUUGACAUAUUUCAUAGUUACUUUUGUAAACUUGUGUUUUGGUUGUUUUGCUAUUAAGAUUAUUACAGUUAUACAGAAUUUUUGAAUUGCUAAAAAACAUUACAGUGUAACAGUCUUAUUUAGACGUAUUUCAGACAAAAAUGUGUUUAAUUGUCAAGAAAUGCAAGAAGUGGACCCACAAGGCUUUCUUUUGACUAUGCAAAAUGUACUUUUAAUUUCUUUAUCUUUUGUAAUUUAACUUUUUUUAUUGAAGAGAAUAAUAUAAAUCACUUUUCGACAAAGGCAUUUCUUAUUGAAGCUUGUUUCUGAUAGAAAAUAAAUAAAUAAAUAAAAAUAAUUGUGACUUUUUAUCUUUUUAAUGUGCCAAAAAAAAAAAGAGUCAGAAUUGGGAAGAUGUUAACUUGAAAUUCUGAGUUAAAAAGACAAAAUAUUGAAAUGCUAACACGAAAUUGCGACAAAGUUAGAAUUCUGAGUUUGUAUCUUACAAUUUUUGUUGCAGAAUAAACAAACAAACAAAAAUAAUUGCAACUUUUUAUCUCAAAAUUAUUAUUUGCAAUAUCCAUAGUUAUUACUCUCAAGCACAAAAUAUCACAGCAGCUUAUGUAUUUCUUUAACAUUUUGGGUAAAAUAUGACUUAGUCGUGUUCUUGACAGGUUUUUUGUGAGAUUCACCCAUUACAGGUUUAUCUCGGUUACAAUGGUGCUCAUUUGAAGCUGUUGUAAAGUCAAUGCUUUUGUUUAGUGCCCGUGUUAUUCUGAAUUAUUUUAGUGUAUUUUGUGUACUUGUUGUACUUGUGCUCUCAGAAAUACCGGCCGAAAUCCAUGUUGAAUCCAGAUGUGGCAUUCAGUCUGAGCGUUAGCUGCACAUCUGUGCAGACCUGCAUAUUGAAUGCACUACACAAUAAGCGUGUGUCCUCUCCUCUGUGGUACAGAACAGUUUUGUACCUUCACUUCACUAGCCCAAAAAUCAACUAAUGCCUUUUAUAAGGGAAAACAUUUCUGUAACUAGAACUGAUGUCAGAAAGUGCAUUAUCAUUCGCAAAAAAUGGUCAAAGCUUUUUUUCAUGACCGUGUGUAUAAGUCUGCAGGCUUUGAUGUAUACAGUGGGUCCCUUUUUGCUAAUUUAAUGUUAUUUAAAUGUUACAAACGCGCUUUUAACCGAAUUCUCUGUUGUGACAGAGUUUCUCUCCAGGUAACUUAAUUGUCCGUAUGCUAAGUAUUCGUACGGUUGAUAGAUUUAUUUUAUUUGUAAAUUUGGUGUUCCAGAGAACAAUAUAUUGCAUUUUUCAGUCUGUUUUUAUUUUUCUAUCCUGUUCAUUUUUGUCUAUAGUAUUAAUGAUAAUAAUAAUCUAAAGUCGUACUGUACCAAGACGUUCUAUAUUAUUUCUAAAGUUCUACGAGGAAUUUUAAAACAUGUGAACAUUCCAUGUCAGAAGGUUGGAAUUCUGAUUACCUCAAUGCUCUGCCAUUUCUGUUUGUGAAAAUUCACCUCUCAAAUUCAAGGGUCAGUAAUCUCAUCUCUGUCGGCUUCAUCAUAAUCCGCUUCUUCUCUGAACACGUCCUCCGUUUUGCUGUGUUGUUUUUCAGUUUUCCGUACUUGGUUAAACAUGGAUUCUAAAUUGGAAUUGAUGCUUACAUACCCAAUAAAAAUGAUCUCACAACAAAA